AUGGCGACAACAGAACAAACCUCGGCCGCGGCGUCGUCAGACAUAACCCCCGCGCUCGAGUUCCCAUCCCCGUUCACGUUUAUCCUCAACAACCCCGUCCCUCUCGUCGAGCUCCGCCUCCGCCGCUUUGCGCGCACGAUCCGGGACAAGCCGCGCUGGUGGGAGAAAGUGCACGAUGCAGAAAUUGUCGCGCGCUGGACACGCGAGAUCGUCGAGCAUGACCGCACCAUGUGGCCGCGGGACCCGAUUACGGAUGCACAGCUGCGCUACUUGUUCGACGAGCUCCGGUACUUGGCGUCGCACCGCGAUGAGGAGACCCGGAUAUCCGAAACAACUAUUCCGAUGGUGUAUGAGUCCUCGGCGCUCAUCCCGUCCCCGCUGAAGGCUUCUCUCAAGUCACUGACAAAGCGACUCGAAGACGUCCCAGAGGAUGAGAAGGAUUGGCACCCUGGGUCAAACAAGCAGGUCCUCGACCUCGUCCACCCCUCACUCUUCUGCCUCUACAUCGGACGCUCCUUCGUACACGACCCACAUUCGGGGCACCCGGAUCCACUGCAAGACCCACGUCUGCCGUUCGAGUUCACCGUGUCCAAAGCCUAUCAGUGGCUCCCGACCGAUUUUGCGGUGUCCGAUUCCGACCAAGUGUCUGCCCAGGGCUACAUCAACAACCUCAACCCGGUGAAGCACGCCGCGGCGUACGGCACAAUCUCGUCCAUCCUCGAACGAUUCCUCCCGCUGUUCGAGCGCGUCGUUGCGGGCCAACUCAAUCCACCGCGCCCGCCGAUCUUCCCCAUAGAUCCGGAUGAUUGGUACACGAUGGACGCACCCGACGACGUAGACGACCGCGACGAAUGGGAUCGCGUCAACCGCUGGCCGGAUAUCCCGGACGUGCUCCCUUUCCAGCCCCCGAGCCCAAACGCGGACGGACCCGCCGCGCUCAGCCUGCGCGGGCGCACGCUCCAGGUGAUCGUCAAGAUGGCGAACAUCGAGCUCACCCCGGAGGCCCCGUGCUACGCGGGCGGCGCGUGGCACGUCGAGGGCAUGGCGAAUGAGAGGAUCAUCGCGACGGGCCUGUACUACUACGACAGCGCAAACAUCUCGGAGUCGCAGCUCGCGUUCCGCGCGGCGGUCGGCGACGGCCUGUGCGAGGGCGGCACGUUCCUCGCCUACGAGCAGUGGGACCACCGCGGGUACCUUACCGUGUACGGGCUCACGCACGAGCACGCGCUGAACCAGGAGCUCGGGCACGUCGUCGCACGGGAGGACAAGUGUCUCGCGUUCCCGAACGUGUACCAGCACCGUGUCGCGCCGUUUGAGCUUGAGGACCCUACGCGGCCUGGACACCGGAAGAUCCUAGCGUUCUUCCUCGUCGAUCCGCUCACGCGCGUGCACUCGACGGGCGUCGUUCCUCCACAGCAGGCGCAGUGGUACAGGGACGCAGUCUAUGACACAAUCAUAGUGAAGAAGCUUCCUGCCGAGCUAGUAGAGCUGAUAUUGAAGUACGUGCUGGAGAGUGCGGUGACAGUGAAGGAGGCUAUGGUGCACCGCGAGGAGCUCAUGAGGGAGCGGGCGCAGUUCGUGGUGAAGCACAACCAGAAGAUUUUCGAGGCUGAAUUCGCUAUGUGCGAGCAUUGA